UUUCAGUGUUGUCACGGAGUUUCGCGCGGCCAGCCAAAUUCGUGAAUUGAAACACGAAACGAAACCGUCGCCGUGGUUGGUCCCUGAAUACGGCCCUGCGAACGGUACAAACCAGAGUCGAGACCCUCUAUGCUCUCCACACUGUCGUUUCAAUUGAAAAAUCAGUCUAUCAGUUCGCGGGUGACAGUGCUUCGUAUCACAGAGCCUCUGAUAUACUCUUAUUUUUAUUUUAACACGCGUUUUAGUGUUUAUUCCGAUUAAUCCCGACUUUGAAUUACUGGAUACCUAAUAAAGAAAAAGCAAAAACCGAAAACGAAAGCUCACUUACUUAUAAUAAUAAAGCUCAAACCGUUUGGAAUCGAAAACUACCUGUUGAACGAAAAUGAAGAUAUUCCAAAAGAAAAAAUCCUUCCUUAAGGAUAAUUUAUUAACGAUCCUCACGGUAGUUGGUGUUUUUGGAGGAGUAAUUCUCGGGAUUUCCUUAAGAAGCUCAACCGACCCUUGGUCAAAACGUCAUAUAAUGUACCUAGAGUUUCCAGGAAAAAUUUUCUUGCGAAUGUUAAAAAUGUUAAUUGUCCCGUUGUUAGUAUCUUCGGUGGUUAGCGCUGUGGGUUCCUUGGAUUUAUCAUUAUCCAAGAAAAUUGCUUUCCGAUCAAUUGGUUAUUACGCUGUAACUACAGUCCUCGCUGUAACCCUUGGAAUUAUUUUGGUGGUUACCAUCCGACCUGGUGCUGGACUUUCUGAAAAGUUUGGGAAUGAAACGUCUCAAGUUCAAUCUGUGCGAAAUGUUUUAACUCAAGAUACAUUAAUGGAUUUAAUACGAAAUUUGUUUCCACCGAAUUUAAUUCAAGCCACAUUUGCUCAGUAUCAAACAGUUCUCGUUGCCCCACCAAAAGAUAAUUCAGAUCCAGAAAAAGAAAUUCCUUUAACCGAUUAUACAAUAACGAAUCGUUACGAAAACACCACGAAUGUUCUUGGUUUAGUGGUAUUCGCGAUAAUUCUUGGAGUCGCUUUGGGAAUGAUGAAGGAAAAGGGGAAAACACUUCUAAAUUUCUUCCAAAGUACUAGUGAAGCUAUGAUGGUGAUUACAAGAUGGGUUAUUUGGUUUUCGCCAGUCGGUGUUUUCUUUUUGGUGGCUGCUCAAGUACUCGAAACAAAAAGUUUUGCCGGUUUAGUAGAAAAACUAGGACUUUACUUCAUGACCGUUCUAAUCGGUUUAUUGGUCCACUGCUUCAUCACGUUAUCAAUCCUUUAUUUUUUGGUUACAAGAAAACUUCCUUUCAAAGUUCUUGGCGGGUUGAGUCAGGUUUUGGUUACCGCGUUUGGAACAGCAUCGAGUUCAGCAACAAUGCCAUUAACAAUCCAAACAUUGGACGAUAUGGGUAUUGAUCCUAGAGUAACGAGAUUUGUGAUUCCGGUUGGGUCAACUAUUAACAUGGAUGGAACGGCUUUAUACGAAGCUGUUGCAGCUAUAUUUAUCGCUCAAUUUAGAAAGGUUCCGUACUCAUUUGGGCAACUCAUAGCUGUGAGUAUAACUGCCACAUUUGCAAGUAUUGGAGCUGCUGGAAUCCCACAAGCUGGGUUAGUUACAAUGGUGAUGGUUUUAGAUACUGUUGGACUCCCAUCUAGCGAUAUUUCCUACAUCUUAGCUGUAGAUUGGCUUUUAGAUCGUUUCCGUACUACAAUAAACGUAAUUGGUGACAGUCUUGGAAGCUGUAUAGUGGAUUCUUUAAGCAAAAAUGAAUUGUCUAAAAUGGACGACAUAGAUCGAUUAAACGCAGAUCCUCACGAAUUGGUUGAAAUAGCAAAAGCAGACUCACACGUAUAGUUCUUUACAAAGAACCAAGUGUAUCAAAAAUAAAAUUGUAAUCUAGUCUGAAUUCGUGUGUAAUUCAAAAUGUUCAGACAGCCAAAUAUAAUGUGCCAGGGUAAUUAUCCACGUUAAAUGCAAUUUUAAAAGCAAUUUAAUAUCAACUUAAACGAGUGCGUUCAAUACUCAAGAUUGUAUUAUUCAAAGUUCCAGUGAAAAUAAUAAGAAAUUAAAAAAAAAUUAUAAUAAAACGUUGAUAGUAAUUUAUUAUACUCGUCGUUUAAUAUUUAAUCAAACUUCUUGUUUUCCAUGAAUGUGUAGAAAUUCCAAUUGUGAACUUAGUAGAAACGUUAGUUGUCGCCUCAAUGUAAAUAAAUCCAUCGUAUCGACUCAAAUAUUCGUAAUGUUAAAUAAUAAAUGUAUGUUAUUAUUUUAAAGAUUAACUUGAUUUAGUUAAUAACGCUAUAACUUGAUGAAAUCGCGAUAAAGAAGAUUUUUGGGACCAAUUACUUUUUUUAAUAAGUUAUAAAUUAAAAUAUUUUUAAUUAAUUAAUUAAUUAAGAAAGUAUUUUAUAAGAAAAUUACUGCCGUUAAUGUUUAAUUAUAAUUGAUUUUAUUACUAUUAUCUAGUACAACGUUUGAAAUCGGACACGAAAAUUAAUAAUUAAUUAUUAACAUUAUAAAAAAAUUUGUUAUAAAUUUACUAAUAUAUUUUUUUGUAAAGCGUGGGACAUAUAACUGGUUAAUAAAUAAGCAUGAAAUUUU